CGCUGCGCCAAGUUUGGAUCAUUGAGCUUCGUUUGUUUGUUUGAAGCUGCUCUGACACAGGUGAGGUCUACAGAGCUUCAGAGGACAUUGGUUUACAGAGAUAUGAAACUAUUGUCACCCACACAGCAGGUACUCACUGUAGUAAGUUUUCACGGAAAGUUAAAACCUAAAGUUGUAUUUGUUUAGUGUCUUGCAGCCAUACUGCGGUGUGCUAGUUAAUUUUACUGAACUACAUCAGUCAUGGACCUGCAGUUUAAAGACCAAAGAACAGCUGAUCCAGUCCAGAGACUCAUGCUGAAGUAUGUGAAAAGAGGGAAACAGGUUUGUCUUUACUUUAUUUCAAGUAUCAUUGCACAAACUUUGUCUAACCUGAGGGUGAUCAUUUAGACUUUUACUCUUUCUAGCUGUAAUACUCUCACUCUGAACACUGAGGUCAAAUUAAAAAUAACUAAACAAGCUCAUGUGAUUUUUAGAUACCACAAUCUGAUGAUAUAACCCCAGGAGCCAGUGAUGGUAAGUAGAUCUCACUCCGGACCCCUGACACUAUCAAUUACUGUUAUUUCAAAUUAUUAUGCAAACAAUGAGUGAUUCCAUGAAAUCGGUGCCUUUUUAACUUAGAAAAUUUAAAAUUUAAUCUAUAUUUAAUUUUUAAGUACCUAGGAGUCAAAGAAUGUUUAAAAUGGCAGGAAAUUAUAUUGUGCCAUCUCAGGCUGUUAUUUCAUAUUUUAUAAUCGUUUUUCUCCUGGCUGUUUUCAUAAUCUUGUCAACCCUGUUACCGACAUAAACUUAACAAAAUACAAUAUUUCUAAUUAGAAAUAUGCAAUAUAUGGUACAUAUAUGAGCAGUACUUUAGUCUCUCUUUUCAUUGAAAUUAUUUUAUUUUGUGGACUUUUUUUCUCCAAUUAGAGCUUUGUCAUUCAGAUGAUCAAAUAUACCCUAAUUUUGCAUGGCGAUCACAUCUGAACAUACAUCAGAUAUUUUUUAGAAGAUAAAUGAUGAAAAAUGGCCCAAUCUAAAAUAUAAUGUAAUUUAGAUUAUAAUGGUAAGUGUUGAAAGCCCAUUUGAGUUGUCAUUUUUUACAUUUUUAUCAAAUUAAUGACAAAAACCGGUUACGUUAUGGUAACAGGGCUGACAAGAGUAAAACUAACCGGACACUUAGUAACUGGCUCUCCAACGGCGUAUCAAUCAAUCAAUCAAUCAAACAAAAAUAUUUAUUAGCUCGAUAAUGUUCACUUGAUGACCUAAAAAUGUUUUGAUUUUAAAAGGUUAACCUUUUAAGAGAGUACAACAAGUGCAAGCUAGGUACUUUGAAAGGUAAUUACUUGUAGAUAUUGAUUAUAUUUUGAGAAAUAGAAAUUGUUUAGGUUUAUAUGUUAAAAAAUGGUAACAGGGUUGACAUUGUUCCUGUCCCCCCUGGUUAAACCUUGAAAAAACAUAAAAAAAUAGCACAUCAGAGAUGAGAAAACUUAAUUGUCACUGAGCUGUUAGCAUCCUGGCUCAGAGAGGAUGCAACCUCCUGUCAAUCAUGUCAAAUCUGGAAUGUACGAUUAUUUUUUUUAGGGUUUUUUAGUUCGGGUAACAGGGUUGACAUGAAAUCAGGGGACGCUAAUAAAUUGCUAAAUAUUUAUAAUGACUAAUAUACAUUAUUACCAAAAACACUGUUUAACAAUAAGAUCAUACUUAAAACAAUAUGUAAAUGUGAAAAUUUUAACAUUUUGCAAACAUUUUACAAAUUAAAAGUCCUGUAUACGACAGCAAUAGUAGUGAGGGACAGGCCAAAAACCUCACCCUCAUCAGCAUAAAAGUAAUUUUAAUUAUUUAAAAUGAUAUUUAAUUGACAUUAAUUUAAUGUUAUAUUAAGGAGAGAAGACAUGGUAAUGUUGUAUUUUAAAUUACAUAUUUAUUUGUUGUUAUCAUAAUUUUAUGAAUGAUUACUUCUUUGGGACACAAAAGGCACCGAUUUCAUGGAAUGACCCCUAAAAUUUCUCUGAUUUUCCUAAAUAGUCUGUGCAAAUGACAGUCAGUUUCAUUUUCAAGUCAUUAAUCAUUAGAGCGUGAUUCCAAUUUUAUUCAACAUGCCUCCAAAUGAUAACCUUUUUCUUGCAAGAAUAAGUUUGUUCCAUAUUAUUAUGAACAACAACUUUUCAAAAACAUUUUAAAGGUUUUAAAGAUCUGAAAAUGGUCAUUUGUUGAUUUUGCAGCAUCGGGAGGUCAUGUUCAUUGAAAUCAAAAUCUAUUUUAAACAAAACAUUUUAAAAGACAAAAUCGCAUUUUAUCAUACAAGCCCCUCUUUGAUAUCACCUUAAUUCUCGCAUCCACUGAAUUUGUGAGUUUCUGCCUCUAUUUUUAUUUAUUUAUUUAUUUUAUACCACAGAAGAAAAUGGUCAGGCAGGAAACUCUGUAUAUUUGGAAAAUGGUGUGUAAACUAACAGGCCAUAACACUAUGAACAGUCCUUUUUUUGUUAAAAUUUGCAAACAAAAGAGCUGCAAAUUAUUAGGAACCACUUUCUGUAUCACACUUCUUUAAUAAGGCACAAUAACCACAUCGAAUUUCUCCUGGGGGAUUAAUAAAGUUCUUCUGAUCCAAAGUUCUUCUUACCUUACUGUCUGAUCCUGUCAACAACAACUGAAAAUGUAGAAGAUUUAUGAAAAUAUGAUUUACGGUAAUACUGUUGUAUUCAGUUGCAUUAGGUUGCCCCGGCAUUUAUGCUGGAAAUUGCAAGUCAAAGUGGUAAUCUGCAGGGUUUGUUUCAAUAAAGUCUUCGAUGAUGUAUCAUAUGAAACAAACAGACACUUCUAGCUGUGACCCCUCUCUGCUAACUCUGCUUUAUUUUCUUUAUCAUAGAGGAGAUACAGAGGCUUGUUUUCACCAGCAGAUCCAAACACCUCAGCAAAGACAUGAAAUGUUAUAGCAAAGCUUUACACCAUUUGUUAAAGGCAGCGACAAACCAUCCUGAUGAGUAAGUGUAAUGAGAUUAAUCCUACCAUUUGCCAUUACUACGCUUUGGUUAUAAUGUUUAGUUGUCUUUUCUAAGCUUUGGCAGAGACCAGAGUCCUUACGGCAGCAAUAGAGACCAGAGCAAGGACUCAACUGCUGACCAGUUUCAGGAUUCUCAGGUGUUGUUUACAGAAACAGGUGUGUGCUUUUGUGUUUCUGCUUUGCUUUGUUUGUGCUUAUUUGAAACAGUCACGUGACAGUGAAUUUAAAUAAUCAGGUAUUGAAUAAACUGAAAGGUCCCUCUUUAGUGGAAAUCUUGGAGGCAGAUUUUGAGUGAAUGACUUGACAAGAUCAUGAAUAAUAAAAGAGGCCUUUGUAACUGAACUCAAAUUGAUGUUUUCGGUUGGAUAAUGAGCUUGUUUGGUCUAUUUCUAUCAUCAAUAUACCAUAACAUCCAGAUGUGACCUUGCCCUCCUGUCUUGAUGGUAGCCCUGGAUCCCAGGAAACUCGGACCAAUGGGAAGAGAGCUCAUCGACCCUCUGACUCAAAUCGAUCCUCCACUUUAGUCCUAGCAGAGGUGUACCAGGAAAUGAUGACCAUUUAUGAACAGCUUAAGGUGAGACCUGAACCCUCUUCAUGUCUGAUUUUCAGAAAAUCCAAAUGCUGAAAAGACCAAACAGUAAAAGGUAUUUGGUAUGUUUUAUUUUACCUUAACUUGGAAAUGUAUUUGCAAAAGAAAGUAAUGGGUUAAAGAGACAAAAAUUGUGCAGAUAACAAGAGUUUCAUUGCAGAUCAGGUACAGUACGGAUCAAUUAGUGCGUGUUUGUAUGUGUGUGUAUGAGCAGACAGAGCGACAAAGCCAGCAACGGUGGGAGAUGGAGCUGCAGAAACGAGAAAGCAGGCUGAAGCAGCAGGAGGAAGCUUUUGGGAAGCUGGCUGGUCUUGAGGAGAUGUUACACUCUCACAUACUUGCUACAGAGGAGGUUAGACACUCAUAGGCCCCAUAAAGCCACAUUUUUAGUCUUUGUCUCUCUGAUUAGCUCAUGUUUCGACUGAUGGAAAUUCAUAUUUCACAGUCAUACAACAGCUUUAAACUUAAUAUGAGCAUUACAUUGAAAAUGUAUUUGCAUACUGAUGGGAUUAAAGAUUACAUUCAGAAAACAUUCUUCCCCUAACGUUGAGGUAAAUCUUACUCUAUACUUAUGAAAACAGGUCAAAACUAAAGGACGUGCAUGCUGUAGGUUCUAGUUUUCUGACAUUUUAUGUGAUUGGAAAAAAAGGCUCAGGUAUGUUUUUAGAUUAAAUUAGAUUAGAGACAACUUUAUUUAUCCUUUUGGGAAGGUUCCCUUAAGCAAAUAAAAAAUAAAGAAAAUAGAAACAAUCUUAAAAUUUGCAAUGCCAGCUGAAGCUACAGUGCUGUCCAAAAUGCUCAGACCUGUUGGGCAGAUCUAAAUGAGCAAAAAUUGUCAGUAACAACAUCCCAACACAAGAGGAGUUCACAGAAAGACUUUCAUAGAAUAAAAGAUUUAAUCAAGGGAAGCAUACUGUAAAGCCAAAGUAGUCUUGUUGUGAUUUCGCUGUUAUCAUAACUUGAACAUUCAUAAUGAAUGUGUGUAUGUUUUUUUUUUUUUUUUUACCAGAAACACAAACAAGAGUUGGGCCAGCUUCAGGAUCUUCUUGGAGAGAAGAACAAAGAGAACAGGAGGCUGAAAUCCAGCUUUGACACCAUUAAGGCCUUGAAUGAUGACAUGAGGAAACAGGUAUGAAGCGGAUAAUUAUUAUUAUUUUUUUUUUAUAUGUUCAAGGUUUGUCAAAGUCCUGUGGAAAGUUAACAAUUAACAAGUUAAUAAGGACAAAGACAAAUUUCAGAGCAUCUGCAGCAAAGUUCUUUUAUCUAAAAAGAAGUUUAUGAUUUUAUAUCUAAUUUAUAUGGAUGCUUUUCUGAAGUGCAGCUUUAUGACUUUCUUUAGGACAGAAUUUUAAGAUCAUUCUAUGUUUUUGAGUGUUUUUUUGUUCUUUUAUAUGAUCUGUUUUUUGUUUCUUUUAGAGUAGAGUGAAGUAGAGUCUUAAGACACUAAUUAUGACAAUGUACUAGAGACAAACAACACUUGACUUCACCUGUGCAUUGUAUGGAAAGAACAUCCUUUCAGAUCUUUGAUUCAUUUUGUUUGAAAGACCCCAUAACUUACAGCUAAUACUAGUGAUCACAAGGGGGCACUAUAAUAUAACUGUAACCUGGCAAAUAUCAUGAGUUAUCUGUACAGUAGGUAAACAUUCAGUGUUUUGAAAUCAACAGUUAAAGGAGAUCAGUGAACAAAAUCAAAAGUUGGAGAGCCAGGCAAAGAGGGUGCAGGCUCGAUUUGACAACCUCCAGGUAGGAACAUUUGACAACAUGCAUGGAGCAUGGUCACUGUUUUGAUACUGUUGUCAUGCAAUUUUCAAAAUGAAUACUUUUUUCACCUUAAAUGCAGACAUUUAUUGACAAAAGUCUUUUUCUUUUGUCAGAGGAAAUAUGAGCAACAUGAAGCAUCAAGAGGUCAAAGAGUGAAUGUUAAGAGCACUGAGUCUUUGAAACCAUCCAAAAAGGAAAACACAGCAGCUCCUGGCAAACCAAGCAACAAGGUAGUGCAAUCCUGCAUCUCUGUGUUUGUUUCUUUUGUUACAGUGCAGUUUAUUCCCAGUCAGUAAAAUUUGUUUCAAACUAGUUUGUUUCACUUCAUUUACUUGACUAAUUAUUGUUGGAUAAAUACAAAAUUCUCAUUCACACAUCAAUCCAACAAAUGAUCCCUUUUGUUGCUGAGAUGAAUCCUGAGUGUAAGAAGUUAAUCUGCACUUUUUCUUUUCCUCCUGUUUGAUAAAGACUGAGUGAGCCAAAUAUGCCAUUCUAUAACCAGACAAUAACACAGUUUAAUCAACACCUUUGGCCUCCACUGACAAUACAAUAUUCACACUCUUCCAAAUGUACCUGUAUUUCGCACGGCUAAACUUUAAAUAGACGUCCUGAUUAAUUCAAGUCACAUUUUUCAAAUCCUGCAUCCCUCUGGAGCAGAAUUCAAGGCAAAAUCUCAAACUGGCAGAUGAAGUAUGUCACAACAAAAGUUCAUGCUGUUGAUUUUGACCCUCCUCCUUCAGGGCAGAUCAAGUCACACCUCAAAGCUUCUUUCCCUCCUUCUGGACUGGGUACUUGAUGGACAGAUAUUGUCAUCAGCAGCAGGAAACUACAUGACAAGUGUUAACCAGUGUCUUCCUCCAGAGGUCUUACUCAAUGAGAGAUGCCUUAAGGUGGUGUGCUUACAGUAGCUUCACUGUGAUCUGUAUAAUUUCAUACAUGUUUCGGUUAUCAUGACUGUAAAAAGAAUGAACGCAGUAGGCACAAAAAUAUGAUCAUAACCAAAUUGAAACGAUUUUCUGUUUCCUAGGUGUUACCGUUAUUAGCAGAUCAGCUUCAUAACACUCCUCCGUCAGAAGAUGAGCUCCUCCUCAGUGUUCUUCGUCUCAUCCACUGGGCUUUGAGACACAUGGAUAGCAGCACACAGGUAAAGGCAUGAAUUAGUAAUAGAAGAUUAAAAUCAACCAGUAUGACAGUAAUCGGAGUACAACUAAUGUGGAGUGCUUCUGGAUUCCAUUAAAGAGUAUCUGAAUUUGAAGUUUCUGAAAUCCUGAUGCUCUAGCCUCUAAACAAAAUGAUCUUGGUCUGUUUGUUUCUCAUUUCCUAAUGCCAGCUAAAGGUAUAAGAGAAACUUAAUCCAGGAAAAAAAAAAAAUGUUUGAAAUCAUUUCCUCUCUUGGCAGCAUCUCUUUUGCUUUGUAAUAAACAAACUGUGCUGUCAAACACCCUCAACUCAGGAGAUUGAUCGGAGAUGAUUUCCUUUUCGGCCUUGACAGAGAGGAAAGUUGGUUUACAGGGAGCUCCUGAGUUAAUUCCACAGCAUCAUGAAGAAGAAACUGAAACAGACACGGUUUUUUCCCUCAGGGAAUAAACAUCUACUUGAAGCAGGGGUUAUCCACUUUAUCGCUUAAUUUUUCUUCACUGCGCUGCAGGCACUCCGUUUAGCUUCAGAUCAUUACCCAACCUCCCAGUCCUGAGUGUGAGAUGUGCCCCAGCCCUUACCCCUCGCUCGUGGCCCCCAAUUUUCUAUCCACAGCCUCCCCAUCUGUAGUCCUGCUGGAGAGAGCUUGCCAAAUUGAUUUAUUGGCUGCAUCAGUUAUUUGGAGAAGUCUACGUAGAAACCUGCAGGCUUUCUGACAGGCGGCCUCUGUAUGUUCAGUGCUGAUGUUUGAGGAUCAUUGUAGCCAUACCAGGGUUAUUUUCAGUUAUAUAACAGGAGUAAUUGAGUGCAUACACAGUCAUAGAUGUUGAAUUUAUAUGGAUGACUGUCUGUGCCUCUAUGUUUGCACAGCAUGUAGCUUUAUCUGCUACUCUGAGGCGAAUUGGGGAGCAAGUGUCAAAGCCGUCAGCUCAGCUAACGACCUCUGAUGAUCCAGAUGUGCCCAAGUCCUGCAGUGUGGCUGCUGCUGCUGCUGCUGCCGGACCCUGCAGAGGCUGGCCCCUUUACCGCAGUCCCUGUCCUCAUACACGCAUACUCUCCACCCUCAUCAUCCUCCGCACUGUCACACAAGGUAAUCAUUCUGGACACCCAUGAACGCACACAGUCAAGUAAGGAUAAAAUGCACCACAAUGCUUGCUUCAAGUCCAAGGUGACUCAAAGAAAUGUUUGUUCAUCCAGCUAACAAGCUGAAACUUCAAAUUCUCUGUUAACUCACAGUUAUUGUCAAACUGUCAGACAAAUAUCUAAGGAUGACACGAUCUCCUGUGAUGGGACUCAACAGAUCUCUGACAUAUUUCACUUCUCGCUUUACAACAUCUAGGACUGAAUUCAAGCUUUUAUGGAAAAGCAUUGGUUUUUCUAAGAGGUGAUGACAGCUGAAAUAUUACUUUUUAUAAAAAGGAGGAAUGUGUUAAUUGUGAGAGAAGAGGUUCAAUGAUAGAAACUUGAAUAUGCUUUCCCUCUCCGUUUUGCAGAGCCAAAUUACCUCCACAAAAACUGAAAGGAUUUUAAAAAGUUUAAGAAACACUUUGAAUCUAGAUUCAUCAUCAAACAAAUCAAGUCAUAAAAUAAUUCACCUGAGGCGUAAAGUGGUGGUUGAAUUUCUGCUCUGCACAUCUACACUCACCGGCCACUUUAUUAGGUACACCAUGCUAGUAACGGGUUGGACCCCCUUUUGCCUUCAGAACUGCCUCAAUUCUUCGUGGCAUAGAUUCAACAAGGUGCUGGAAGCAUUCCUCAGAGAGCUUGGUCCAUAUUGACAUGAUGGCAUCACACAGUUGCCGCAGAUUUGUCGGCUGCACAUCCAUGAUGCGAAUCUCCCGUUCCACCACAUCCCAAAGAUGCUCUAUUGGAUUGAGAUCUGGUGACUGUGGAGGCCAUUUGAGUACAGUGAACUCAUUGUCAUGUUCAAGAAACCAGUCUGAGAUGAUUCCAGCUUUAUGACAUGGCGCAUUAUCCUGCUGAAAGUAGCCAUCAGAAGUUGGGUACAUUGUGGUCAUAAAGGGAUGGACAUGGUCAGCAACAAUACUCAGGUAGGCUGUGGCGUUGCAACGAUGCUCAAUUGGUACCAAGGGGCCCAAAGAGUGCCAAGAAAAUAUUCCCCACACCAUGACACCACCACCACCAGCCUGAACCGUUGAUACAAGGCAGGAUGGAUCCAUGCUUUCAUGUUGUUGACGCCAAAUUCUGACCCUACCAUCCGAAUGUCGCAGCAGAAAUCGAGACUCAUCAGACCAGGCAACGUUUUUCCAAUCUUCUAUUGUCCAAUUUCGAUGAGCUUGUGCAAAUUGUAGCCUCAGUUUCCUGUUCUUAGCUGAAAGGAGUGGCACCCGGCGUGGUCUUCUGCUGCUGUAGCCCAUCUGCCUCAAAGUUCGACGUACUGUGCAUUCAGAGAUGCUCUUCUGCCCACCUUGGUUGUAACGGGUGGUUAUUUGAGUCACUGUUGCCUUUCUAUCAUCUCGAACCAGUCUGGCCAUUCUCCUCUGACCUCUGGCAUCAACAAGGCAUUUCCGCCCACAGAACUGCCGCUCACUGGAUAUUUUUUCUUUUUCGGACCAUUCUCUGUAAACCCUAGAGAUGGUUGUGCGUGAAAAUCCCAGUAGAUCAGCAGUUUCUGAAAUACUCAGACCAGCCCUUCUGGCACCAACAACCAUGCCACGUUCAAAGUCACUCAAAUCACCUUUCUUCCCCAUACUGAUGCUCGGUUUGAACUGCAGGAGAUUGUCUUGACCAUGUCUACAUGCCUAAAUGCACUUAGUUGCCGCCAUGUGAUUGGCUGAUUAGAAAUUAAGUGUUAACGAGCAGUUGGACAGGUGUACCUAAUAAAGUGGCCGGUGAGUGUAUAUAUAUAUAUAUAUAUAUGUGUGUGUGUGUGUAUACAUAUAUAUUUAGUGCUGUCAAAGUAUUUCAAUUUUCAAUUAGAUUAACCCGUUUGUGCCCAAAUUUCUUUCAAAGUAGUAAGGCAUAUCAUUUUAUCAGUUGAGUCCCCCUGAAUCAUGUUAUGUGUUUAAUUUUUUUCCAUUUUGUACUUUGUUGUGAAGAAAAUAGCAUUUUUUUGACUGGCAGCUAAUAAUUACACACUACUACUACUACUACUACUACUACUACUCAUAAUAAUAAUAAUAAUAAUAAUAAUAAUAAUAAUUAAGGCUGUCAAAGUUAAUGCGUUAUUGUCGCGUUAACUCAAGUGACUUUUAUCGCCACUAAUUUUUUUGACGCACGAUUAACGCAAGCCUUAGCCUGGCUUGAUCAAACUAUACACACACUGCGUGGAUAUUCUUGCCGUUGUAAAAGAGUAGAGGAACAGUUGAUGAGGUGUCCAGGCUAUGUGAGCCUCGGGGCACUCCGUAGUUUCGUGAAUCAGGAAGUAGAGCACUGACUGAUACCGCAGCAGACAUAAACAAAUCCCCGUGAGCAGUAACUAGGAUAUAAUGGAUAAGAACACGAUUUUGAACAGAAAGUUCAGCUACAAAGCCUUGCCAGAUGGCUCUCUUGACAGGACAAAAGUCAUUUGUGUUUCCUGUCGAGCUGAAUUUAGUCACCGGAGUGUCUAGUCUCAAAUAUCACUUGUCGGCCAAGCACACAGCUGAUGCAGAGAGCCCCGCGCCCCCAGCCCCCCACCCCACCCGCCUCAAGCAAACAACGCUGAAUGUGCAAGGUAAACAGAUGGAGAGCUCUACUAAAUGCAAACUUGAAACAGAAAUCGCUAAAUGGGUGGCUACCGCUUGUCGGCCGAUUAGCAUUGUGCAGGACGUUGGUCUGCGUGAAAUCAUACGGAUCGCAUCCAAUGACUGGACAUAUGAAUUACCUUGUAGGACCACCAUUACCACGAAAAUCCACGAUCUGUUCUCAUGUUGAUUCUCAUGUUGAUAAAAGUAUAACAAUUUAAAAAAGAUGGAUCAAAAAUAUCCGAUCAAUUUGUGAUUAAUCAUGAUUAAUUAUGAUCACAAUUCGAUUAAUCGCGAUUAAAUAUUUUAAUCGAUUGACAGCCCUAAUAAUAAUACAAACUCAAAAGUCUGCCAAAGACUAGGAAAUGUUUUUUCUCCUGACACCAAAUUUCUCUGUUUCUCAGAGAGAAAUGUUUAAAUAAUUAUCAGUAUUAUCAGUAUCAAUAUUACCUUAAAAGAAAAUUUUCUGUUAGAGUUUUGUUUUAUUAAAAUGACCAGAAAUAGGGGUCCACUCUUGGUCAGUCUGGGUUGAUAGUCCACUGUUGGUCAGGUAAGUGUGUGUGUGUGUGUGUGUGUGUGUGUGUGUGUGUGUGUGUGUGUGUGUGUGUGUGUGUGUGUGUGUGUGUGUGUGUGUGUGUGUGUGUGGUUUCUCAGAAUAUGUGCUGCUUGAGCCUGGGAAUGUAGCCCGUCUGUGAAUAGAAAUGUCAGUCAGCAGAAAUCUUUGGAGUUUCUUAUAACCCUGUAAGUUCUAAAACGCUGCUGCAGAGAUGACGGCUGUUUACUUCUAAACUAAUGCGUCUCACUGUGAUAAAUUUUGCUGUGGAUAUAACUGCACAACUUCCAGAUCCCGAUAGCAAAACCUGAGAACAACACUGUGAAGGUUGAAGUCAAUCAAAAAUAAUCGGGCCAAAAUAUUCUUUAUCAAACAGAGGCCUUCCCCUCUGAAACAAGCAGGAAAUGUCAAAUAUAAAUGGUGCUUAACAUUCAGCUAAUGUAUUCUGUGAGUCAUGAUGGCCAGUGACACAUAUUUCUGGGCCAAGUUUCACACACUACUAGAUGUCAGGAUUAUGUAAUGUUUUGAUGCAGUGUAAUAGCUCAAUGCUAGAGGCAAAACAAAGUCACACUGGACUGCACUUUGCUCAGGCAGCUCAUUCACAGCUGAGCUGGUUCAAGCAUGGUGCAACAAUCAGACAUUCAUUCACUCGUGACACAGACUGUUUGAUUGCACUGAAGAGUCCGGGAUAGCUUUCAAUUAUUACGUAUAAAUCUCAGUUACUUUUGCUUUUUGGUUCCUACUCUCAAUCUUCAAGUUAACAUGUGGGUGAAAGUGAACCAGGGAAUCCAAAGUUUUUGGGGCUCUGAUGAUGCAUCAGCAGUGUAUUUUGUACUUUAUUCCUUGGAACAGAAAUGGUACUAAGGUUUCAAUUUUAGUGUUUCAUGCCCUCAAUCUAAAUGUGUCUUCAUAUUUGAUCAUCCUUGUAUAGUUCAUUUUACAUUUCAAACGUGUCUAAAAAUGUUCGCUUUAAGCUAAAAACUUGUGGAGUUUCUAGAGGGUUGCUUCAUAAUAUUACAUUUUGAAAUAUGGAACUAUAACGUUAUGACACUCUGCUUUGGUUAAAUUUAAGCACCUCACAUCCACACUCAAAUUCAAACUUAGCUCUGUUUGUAUGUAAUUCCUAAAUAAGGACAGAUUUUACGCACUAUCAACAUUUUAGGGGUGGCACCAGCUGAGACAGUUUUAAUGUUGUAGUUACAACUGUUGUAGUUCCCAUGUUUCAUAGAGGGAGGAUAAUUUCAUCUGCACAGUACGAGAGUACUGUUGGAUCAGUGUAUGUCAGUGCUGACGUCGUGCCUCAAUUUUGCCAGUGUUAUUUUGUACUAGCUGUAGAUUAAUUUUCACCAGCUUAUUAUGCCUUGACAUGUUUCACACAUCUUUUUGUUGCUGUUGGUUGAUUAAGACCUGAUAACAGCAGUUAUUUUAAGCCGUUAGCCUGCUAAGAGGCUAUCAAGCCUGAGAGGCCACAGUGGGAUAAAUGCUGCAUUAAGAAAAGUGCUUUUCAGAGGUCCGGGUUAGUAUAAAUAACAUAUGACAAUGACUUGGGUGGUUGGGAUGCUUAAAACAAUUGAACAAAAGCAUGUGCAAAUAAUUAUGAUGAUGGUAGUGACCAUGAUGACUUCCCACAGCCUGGCGGCCUAAAAAAAAGGCGGAUGUGAGGAUGAUGGUGUAGAUCAUCAAAUCAUCAAAUAUCACCUAUGAAAACAGUCAAGUUGUAAGAGUGUGUUCAACAUGUAAAAUAAAACGAUGGAUCUCUCAGUUUGGAUUUGAAACAGGUCCACUACUUUACUGGCAUAAAAGACAGGUCCACUAAGGGAAGAGACUCAGAAAAUGACUACAAAUGACACAUCUUUUGCAGCUAUUAUGUUGCUCUUUGAAAUCAUUUUGCCUCUCUUUGUAGCUGUUUCCGGCCUUCUUGUUGUCAUGUUUGUUUCUAUGCCACUUUUUUACCAGCAGACAGAGAGAGAGUGGCAGACAUGGGUACAUGAUUUAUUUUAGUGUUGCAUGCACAUUUAAACUAACAGUGUUAAAGCAAGCAUAUAACCUUGCUUUAUAACCAAGCGUGAUAAGUCUUAUUAGAAUUACAGUGAUUUAAGUAUCAAGACAUCUCAGAUGCCGGUGCUCUGCUGGAAAAUCUGUCCACACAAUCAUCUGUGAGACUUUUUGAGGUGAAAGAAGGAAGACAUCACAAAUGUGGGGAAACAGUGGCUCUGUGGCCUAAUCCAGUCCCAGGAACUAUGAAAGUGCAUCAAGAAGGCACCCUGUCUCAUUAUGUACACAAAGAUUAACAUGUCCUUUAUGCUGCUUUUCUCUAAUGUUUUUGAAACACAUUUUUCAUUUUCAUUACUCACUUGAGUGCAAAUCAUAAUUUAAUAUAAGGCCAUCUGUUUUCCUGUUUGUUUACUAUUUUCACUUUUGUUUACUACAAAAUUAAAGGCAUGGUUGACAAUCUGAGAAGAAGUUGAAAAAAACUGAGCCGUUGAGGCAGAUUUGAAAAAGUCACACACGAACCUCUCCCCUCUGUGCUCCAGGGUAACCCCCCCCUCAAACCUGUAUCACCCUCCCCACGACACACCCCCUCUGGCAGAGCAAGAAGCCGGCCGGCAGAAGAUCCCAGGCUAGCUUUGAAUAGUAAUAAUCAUGUUGGAUUGCUAGUGACUAGCAGCAGUAAACGCCAGCUCUGCUAGCGAGCACCGUCUGCAGCUGCUUCGACAGCUACCGUGUUGACAUUGCAGAGACUGAUAAGAGUUAUUUAUGAAACAUGUGCCACAAUAAAAAGCAAAAAUGACCUGUUCACUUGGUCACAUUUCCUCUUAGACUCUGUCCUUUCUUCUGUCAGCUUUCGUUUUCUUAGCACUUUUGGUGGUUGGGCAAGCAGAAGUUUUUUUUUUUUUUUUUGCGUCUUUCUCUAACACAGCUCCUGUAGCUAAGCUGCUACGCUACUUUGAGCCGCUCUGAGGAGGCCCGGGAGAGUGGGAGGGGACAAGUCGGAACUACGGGAGAGGGGUGUGUCAAAUACAUUGAGGUGAUUGGAUGGAGAGGCGGAGCAGGAGAUUGACCAAUAGGAGCAUACUAUACUAUAUUAUACUCCUGAGCAUACUAAAGUGAUUGCAAACCAUUAGUUUGUUUUCUGUGAAACAUGUACGGCUUGUCAAGUUUCUAAAGCUCUGACUGCAUCUUCUCAUCCAAAUACUUUGUGACAGGGUCUGUAAGGCCUGUGUGCCUGCCACUUUCAGUGUUGUAUUUUACAACUCGGAUAAAGGUUUACCUGCUCCAGGCUGUUCGCUGACACCAGCAUCAGCUGCUCAGUUCAGUGCUGGAGAGAGCAGUUAGCUCAACUUGGUAGCCUAAUGGUAACACAUUCAGUGUGCUUCCUCACUUCAUCUCUAUCUCUUUGGUACUGAAUUUACAUAUUGCUACUUCUCAUUUUUCAUUUGGCUGUGGGCUAAAGUGUUCUCAAAGGAGCAGACAUAAACACGAGUGGGCUGAGGUGAUGCCAGACCCCUGGAUAACUGGAGUAUUUCAUUUUUGUGGUUACAGCCCUAGUGGAUAGUGGGACCUGAUCGGACUUCUACCACUGAGCCACUGAAUCAGGUGGCUGCUCCACAACAUUCAGUUAACUUAACCCAUAAUUUAGACCUAAAAUGGUCAAAAUAAAAGAAAAUUAACUGAUUUGCUAAGUGAAGACAUUUUUAUCCAAAAAGAACUCUGGUUAGUGCCCUCAUUCAAAAUCUGCAUUUUUUUCUUUCCCCUUUCUCUUAAAAGAACUCUAAAUUGAGAAUCCUUAGGAGUCAGAAUCAAAACGAGGAAUCAGUAUCAGGACUCGAAUCGUUCAAAUCCAAACAAGGCCAAAUCCUUGUCUACAUCCCUGUUGGUAGUUCUGAAUCAUGACUGAGCAGGUUGAUAUAAGUGCAUACGUGUUUGGUCGUCAUGUGGGGAGGAAUUGCUGCGUUGUGUUGUCACAGGCUACAGUUGCAUGUUGAUAUUAUUGCCACAAGACAGCUGAGAGCAGCUGGAAGGACCUUUGUCAGAGAGAGAGAGAGAGAGAGGAGUGUGUAGGACGAUCUUCCUGUCCCUUGUUUCUUUUGUUCCCAUGAAUGUAGCUACUGAAAUCAAAUUCACGCUGCCAAAAAUACAUCAUGGAGGGUUGAUUGUAGCCAUAAUUGUGGUACAGUCAGUCUGAGGUGCACUCAACCAGCCAGGAUUACUCCUGUUUUGCUCCCAUCCUGACAAACACACACAAACUCAUAUGCACAAGACAAGACAUGGCAUGCAGUAUUUUUCGUAUACACAAGGAUGUGGCCAGAUACACUUUGGUCUAGGAUCAACAUAACUAAGACACUGUGAAUGUGUAUUUGUAUGUGAGGGGUCAGUGCAGUCUGGCUGAAACCACAAAACCAGGGAAAGUUACUGCUGGUACAGACAGACUCAUGCAGACACACACACACACACACACCUUCCUCCAUCUGUCUACUUAGCCGCUCAAUCAUAAACUCACUCAGGCAGAGAGAGAGACACUGAGAGGACCCAUAUCCCGCUGAGACCAGAGACACAUUCACAUCCUCACUGUGUGAACUGAGCGGGUCUGAACCAGAUUAUAGCAGACUGAAACAGGAUUUUAAUGAACUGAACUGGAUCACAGAGGUCUAAAACUGAUUAUCCUGAAUUAGUGGAUUAUACUGAACUGGAUUAUUGUACGAAACGGCUCAAGACUAGUAGAGUGAGUAGCAAUAACUGUGGUCUAAUAAAGAGGAUAGAAUCAGAUUAUUACAAAUUGAGCCUGUUUUUAGCAAUUUUACUGUGAGAAUUUUAUAUGGAAUUAUGGGUAAUUUAGUGAAGGAAAACAAUAUCCCUACAAGUCCAAUCUGACCUUCCUUUUUCUAUGUUUUUUUUCUCCUUUUUUUCCCUGCUUCAGCCAUAGUGGCUAAAGGGGUAGGGAGCUGGUAUGAAUAUACACCACUAAACUAGUUAAGCAUCAGGGAGUUGACAGUCAUUUUCAUUGAUAUAUUUGAUUCUUGAAACCAUGGGGGCAGUGUUGCCAACAGUUUAACUCAGAUCAGCAUAACACCACAAAGAAUACCUCUAAGAAAAAGAACCUUCCUAGAGAAACUUAAGUACGUUAAUUUAGAAUCAGAAUAAUAAUAACUUUAUUUCAUCCCCGAAGGGAAAUUCUGUUGUCUCUAGUCUCACUUGUCAUGUCUCAAAAAGUAAUUAGUAGCAUCCUCUGGCUUGAGACAGACAGCAAAUGUGCAGAGACAGGACACCAGCUGGACAUCAGUUCCAUGGCGAAAAAGGGGGGCAAAAGUCUGCCAUCACGUGUUUGUUUUUGUUUUUUUUGUGAGAGUGCCCUCCAGAGCAUAUGCAUCUACUUUCACACCGAAAGAAGUCAUAAAAAUCCAAUCUCACUGAAUUUAAUGGGACAUUAGAAAAUCUUAUAGAAAUUACAGACUGUUAAAUUUAAUCAAAGCAAAAUAUUUCAAGGCGGACUUUCUCAUGCUGGCAAAUACUCAGUUGUCUAAAAAUAGUACUGUGAUCAGAUCUGUGAAUAAAGCUUCUGCGAAGCACUUUUAGUUGUGUUCAUUUUCUGUGGACAAAGCUGUCUUACUUAUCUAAACACAAGUUUCUUCAUCUCUUCAGGUGACACCUAACCCCUCACACCAGUUACAGACUAUGAAAAUGACAAUAUACAAAUUGCCAAUCUUGUGCCUGAUGGUCUUGUAUACUACUUGAAAUCAUGAGAGGACAUCAGUUUAAAUAUCAGUCUAUUUCACAAUGGUCAAACUCCUCAUGGGAGCUUUUAUGCUGUUUACUUCUAUCUAGUUGUUAGUCAGCAUUGGAAUCAAUUGACAAUGCAACAAAAUUAAGUUUUGCAUGAAAGGCCUAAAUUCAACUCUACAUUUUGUUUAUGUAGCCAGUCAUGAUACAGCUUCUUCCUCUUUGCUGUAGCAAAACAGAUUGGAGGCAGAUAAUGUUGUUGUUUCUGCCUAAAAGCACUGAGGACACUGUGACAAUCCCAGGAGUUGCUCAGACUGACCUCUGGGAACUCCAAAUGUUCUUCCCCUGGGACUGUUAGAGGAGCUCAUUAUUACCUGAUGUUAAUUGGCUUAUUUCACUAUCUUUUACUGUGGUUCCUUCUGGAAAGGGGCUGUGAAAUACCACAUUCAGAUGGCAGGUCAGACUGAGUUGGCCAGACACACACACACAGACAGCUCAGAUACCACAUACAGGGAGUCUUAGCCCUGUGAGUGCAAACCAGACUGUCUCCAAAAGUCUCUCUCUCUCUCUCUCUCUCUCUCUCUCUCUCUCUCUCUCUCUCUCUCUCUCUCUCUCUCUCUCUCUCUCUCUCUCUCUCUCUCUCACACACACACACACACACACACACACACACACACACACACACACACACACACUCACUCACACACUCUGAAGACAAUGGUUUAUGUCUAACAGGAAGAUUCAUGCACACACCGGGCUGAUUGAGCAGUCUGUAACAACAGAUGGCUCUGAACGCUGCAGAUGUUUGUAUGUGUUGCUGUUGUCAAUUGUGAAUAAAGAUCUCUUGUUUAUCAUAAUUGACUCUUAUGACUGCUGUGUGGCUUACGAGGAGCACUCACACUCACACACUAACACACAUACGCGUGGGUGGGAAGGUUGGGUUUUAUUGUUGUUUUUAGCCUCUGUGAGACACUUUGAAUUGCAAGCAUGUAUGAAAAGUGCGAUAUAAAUAAAGUUGAAUUUGAAUUACAAUUUAGAGCAGCUGUCAUACUUCCUUUAUUGUUCUGACCUUAACCCAGACCUGGUCUUCCCCCUUGUGUAAAACUCGCAGGUUUGUUUUCCCUCCAAAGCUCAUUAGCCCAACACAGCAGCGAGAGAACAGCUUUAGGUUCUCAGUCGGACUCUAACAUCCAGAUCUGCACUCCCAUGCUAUAAAUCUUAGUGCGCUGAGUUGCUGCAGCCUAUAUAUCCUGACAUAUGUUGUGAAACUCACCUCUGAAUCAACCUUCCAUCUGCUAGUAAUGCUCAGUAUGUCUCUCUAGACCAUUUGCUGUCAAUCUGCUCACCAGGUUUGCUCUCCUUCUUCCUCUGAAUUGACGUGGAACCAGAUUGAGUGUAAUGGAGGGAUGCUUCGUUCCCUCAUAUUCCCCGGACUUUACACAUAAUAGAUACCAUUCUGGAAGGAACUGAGCAUGAUGGGUCCAAAAUCAUAACAAUAGCUUUUAUCCCAUGUCAGGUUGUAUAAAUCCAGCUCUGCUGGACAUUUGUGAAGAAUUUCUCAGAACUGCAGUAAUUCUCAGAACUAUCGGAGUCCAUCACAGAUCAUAUGCUUGAAUGUGUCGGGCUGAGUAGGCUCUGGACUUUUUAAGUCCUGUAGAAGCGUGACGAUAGAAAAGGAAAGAAAGGAAACACUUAUUGAAUAAUGGUUAUAAAGAAAGAUAGAAAACAACUUUGAUGAAUUUGAGGGAUUGUUUGUAACCUUGACUUUUAUAAUAUAGCUUGAGUUUUAAAGGUCCUGUGAGUAGUUUUUAACUGGUUGUGAUACAGACUGCCAUUAACACUAAUACCUUGAUAAAACACAGUGUCAAACAAAACCAUCACCAACAAGGUAAGACUUUUCUAUAUUGUGAUUUUUACUGCCUUAAACUGCUAAGAGGGGGUAGGUUUCAGCGCAGAGGAUUCAGUAUAGACUGAAGAAACAGCCCCUUAUGAGUUGAAUGAUGUUCAUUAUGUCCUCAGUUUCUUAAAAAUAGUUGUCUUUUUUCCUAUAUCUCAGACAUGGAAUCUUCUUCACGUACCUUGUCAUGUUUCAGCAGAAACUUCCGCCUUCCCCAGAAGUGUCACUUGGUGGUAGGUGCGACACAUCAUAUCAGCUGGUGUUACGGAGGCGUGACCCUCCUGUCAAUUUUUUUUGACAAGAGGGUCAGGCCUCCCGCUGUCUGUUCGCCUCUGCAGGACACCAGAGUCAUUCGCACUGAGGACAAUAAGCACCAGCGCUGGAUUAGGGAAGCCAUUGAAAUAAGGAAAACGGGGCCCAGGGACAAUGAACAGGGAUGAGGGGGCAUACAUGCUCAUACAUGCUCACGCCUCCAUAACACCAGCUGAUAUAACGCAUCACACCUACCACUAAGUGACACUUCUGAGUGUCCACCAAAACAUGUCAAGGUACAUGAAAAAGAUUACGUGUCUGAGAUAAAGGGGAAAAAAAGAAAAGUAGCCCUUAUUAGGAUCAGGAUUAAAUUUUUAUCAUUUCAAAGAAGUACUACCUUUGUGUGUGCUGGGGCAGGUCAGUAAAGAGGUCAAACGUACAUCUUUGCCUAAUGGGGGCACCACAGACGAGCUGGCCAAAAGUUCCUCACAGUAUCUCUAAUGUUACCCCAUAUUGACAUAUGGAUGAUAAAAGAAUACAUUGCAGCAUACUGAACUGUCCGAGUCAAAACAUCUCAAAACUCAGCAAAGUAGAUGAGUAUUUAUUCUUUGUGUGUCUCUCUGUCCUGUCUGCAGCUGAUGUACUGGCUCGGGCUCUCCACAGUCUCCAUACUGAACUGGUGUCAAAAGACAGUCGAGGUCUUUUCAUCCACUAUGAAGGAGUUUGUGUGUUGAUUUCCAUGCUUUGUGCCGGCCAUGGAGGUCUACACACACCUGUGGAUAUCCUGAUGCAGCUGGCUGAGCAGUCCUGUAAGUAGAUGUGUGCCACAAAGUUGGAGUUUGGUACCCAACCAACAGCGUUUCACUUUUUUGUGAAGAAUAUUUUUGAGAAUUUCUGCCAUCAUCAGCUAAGUUUGCUAGUUUCCAUUAUAUUUUUAAAAAUAUUUGACAAAAAAAAAAAAUUGUGCUAAAAAGAGAAACUAACGAAGAGAUUUUAAAAAAAAAGAUGCUUUUUACAUUCUGAACGAAGGCAUUUGGUUAAUGUAUAUUUAUUUUAAAGGAAGUUUUAGACAGAAAUAUUUUGUCUAAAAAGAAGCAAAGUUUGGUUUAAAUAAUAAUAAUUUGUAGCCAUUUAGCAUAUCCAAAUAAUAGUUAUUAUAAUAUGUUAAAGCCAAGUGGGAAAGGGAGCUGGGUAAGUGGAUUCCAGAAGGGAUAUGGCACGAUUUGUGGAAAGCACACCAAACUAUUACACAGUCACUGAGAUUGAAAGUAUUCAAUUGGAAAAAUCUAAUUCGAUAUUUUUUCACACCUAGAAUCAAAAGCAAACAGAUAAAUACUCACCAGCCAUGUUGGAGAUUGUGUAACGACAUGGAUUCAGAUUACAUACACAUGUUUUGGAAAUACACAAAUAUACAGCACUCCUGGAGGAGUGUUCACUUUGUUCUUUGCAAUGUGUUGGGAUAUGUGAUUCAUAAAUCUUGUCCUCAGUCAUGUGGAUGGAUCGGUGCAUGUAGGAGACCAAUAUCUGAUCAAGAUUCUUUUGGUGGCUGGGAAGAAGGCCAUUAUAAAAAACUGUCUCAAGACUGACUCCCCCUGUAAAAAAACAAUGGAUGUCAAUUAUAGAAGAAAUACUGUUAAAGGAAAUUCUUACAUACAAAUUGAAAGUGAAAGAAGACCUAUUCGUUCAAAGAUGUGGGAAAUGGUUGUCACAUAAGGGGAGACUUGAUUUUACAUAACUGUAUACAGGCUCUGUUCUUGAUUGGUUUUGUUGUUGUUGUUUGCUUUAUCUUUAAUACUCCAUAAUCCAGGGUAAUUGUCUUUCAAUGUAUUGUUAACAUUGAUCACCAAAAUAAAUAAAUAAAAAUUGAAAAUAAUAAUAAUAUUAAUUAAAAAAUAGUUAUUAGAUGGUAGUUGUAGUAAGUGUAUAUAACAGAACUUCUGGGUGGAUUUGAUAGACACUAUAGUCUGUCAUGUUUUCUUUCUUUUCAGUUAUAGACUUUUUAGUUUGCAUUUGGUGAGUACUGUGGUGAUUUUUUUCUACAAAUUUAGCUUCUUUCACAUCAGUAUGUGUAUCUAUAAACAACAAACUGGCCCUAGCUCAACACUUAUUUCCAAAAUUGUAACGCUAAGUUUUCUGUGGCUGGCGUAGCCCUGAAAGAUGCUGUGAUCGCUCAUCUAGCUGAGAUUUAUAGACUGUUAUUUCUAUCACUAUUUAUGUUGAGUUAUUGCAGCUCCUCCUGCAGUAUCAGUCCAUAUCAUCCCCUCAUAAAAACCACAUGUGAUAGGUAACAGGUCUGAUUUAGCACACAUCAAUCACACAUACUGGCAGGGGAUUAGAUGUGGAUGUGAUGGCCAUAAAAGCUUGGCCUCCACUACCUUCUGGCACCAUCACAGAAAGACAAAGACUGACAGAGGUGGACCAACAGCUGCACUGUGUUAACAUGGAAAGGCCAGUCCACUGGGGUAAUGAGCAAAGCAUUUAGCCCUGGUGUGUGCUAACACACAGCAGAGAUUUACCAGACUGUAUUUGUAUGUAUACAUAGUUGUGUGUUUCAAGGGGACUGUAAAUCUAGCAGGACUUGCUAAUUGUUCGAUUUAACAAGCAGAAAUGAGGGGAGACAGGAAGGGGAAGGGCAAGGAGGGAAGGAUUACACCUGUAGGUUACCAAUAAAAAAACAACAAAAAAGUUCUUACUUGCAUGACAGAGACAAUAGACUGUUUAUCUGUACAUGGUCAUAUGUUCUACCAGCUAGCAAACACAUCUUUUGAAAUCAACUUUCGCAGAUCACUAAAAUAAAAUUGGCUACCUUUGCUCACAUAAUUAAGCAAAUGCACCUUUUAGAGGCUGUGUUACUGGCUGAUACUGACGUCUGCUCUACAGUGAGUUCAUUUCACUAAACUGCUUCAUACAGUCAACUCUACAGACAAACAUGAGAGUGAUUUCCUGCGCUGGUUUUUACAACUAAGUAAUAACAAGCCCAUAAAGAGCCCAAUGAAAAAAGUUCUCAGCUCGAUGCAUUAUCUUUUCAGAUUUGUGUUGAUGUGAUGAAGAUAAAAGAUUUUACAGGACAUACAUAAUUUUUGGCUGCUGACGUUGGUGCAUGAUGUAGUAUUUGCUGAUGUGCUGAUGUCAGUCAACCAGGUCAGUAUUUGCCAGUCUUCACUGAUACAUCAGUGCAUCCCAAGCUUCUGUAGUGUGAUCGUAAGAGUUUGCUCUCCUGUUGAGUUGAGAGGGACAAAGAAGACAAAGAGAUGAGAAGUAGACAGUGUAGCUGCAAUUUUGGACCAGCAAUUUGAACCUCACAGUUGAUGAUACAAAGGGAUAUGCUCCCUCCUCAAUGCUCGCACAUUACCUGCUUUACAAAUCUCGUCUUUGCAGCACUUGAGCGAAAAUGCCCCUCUGGAAGUUUCAAGGAUGCUAUAAUGUUUCACCAGCUGCUGCUAUUUUAGCACUUCUUGGUCACUGUUUUGCAUGCACAACUCUCAGCUAAGCAGGUUAGGAUGUAAGAGAGUUCGUACCUCUGAUCUUAUGUCAGCUCACAGCAAAGGAAAACACACUCCCCAAAGCAGCUUAUUAUCAAUGCAGACAGCCACAGAUCUAUAAACCUUAUCUCAGAAUUGGCCUUUAAUUAGAGACUGGAUUAGGUUUUAUAGUUGAAUGGUGGCAGUGUGUGUAAAUAAUUUAUCAGUUGGUCCCCACAAAGCAAAAAUAUAUAGAUAAAAAGGGCAAAGAAAUCAUUAGUUAGCAUACACAUCAAACUAACUCAAAUAUUGUUGGAACUGGAGGACCAUGUUCAGCUCCGUCAUUAUAUUAGUUCUUGUCAGAAUGUAUUUGCAGCAAUUAUCCAAAACAACAGCCACCCUGUGUGUCUGAAAAAAUCUCCAAAAGACGGUUACAUAGCAUUAAUGGUUAAAAAACUUGGCAUAAUAAAGCACAAACCACUUUUGGGUGGGGUAUUGUUAUAGUUGGAAAAAGUCUGAUCAAACUGUCCUCUCCCGCUUUCUCCUUCUCACAUGAUCAGAUUCUACCCGUCUUAUCCUUUCUGACCUGAACCUGAUCCUGUUCUUCUCUGUCCAAUGGUUUGCUGUGAUUUGAUCCCAGCAUAAACCCUCUGCCAGCCAAAGAGUCACUCUGUGGCUCAGAUUGUAUUCCCUCACUCUUGUGCAUGGUCUGAGACAGGGGAGAGUUAGUUUUUGAAGGAGCAGGAAUGUGGUUUUAGCAGAAACCAAAUGUUUGUUUACCAGGAACUGAUCAAUUUUAGGACUUCAUAAGGUCCACAUUUGCUUUUCAUUGAUUGAAAGAAAAUGCCAUCCCCAUCUGUGUGAGUUGAUUUGUUCCCCUCUGUUUUAUCUGCUUGUGUGUGUGCGUGAGGUUUGUGUUUGAUAAAGAGAAGGUCAGAGUUAAAAGUGACAGUAUGGAAGCUUUUCCAAUUACAAUCUUCACAGGCGGCUCUCUGACCAGCAUCUGUGUCCCUGCCAAACCCAGUUGGAAUGUUUCAUGCUUCGUUUCUGCGUCCAUGUAGUUUUAAUUUCUGUGCAAAUCUGGAAAAUAUAGCACAGUGAAGCUGGUGACUCCCAUCCCUUCAAAAGUUGUCACAUUAAAAACAAAUGUCUUUUAUUAAAGAAAUUGUUUUGAAACCCUGCUCUCUCUGCUCUGCUUGUGUUUGUUUGCUCACAGGCUACUUAAACGCCUUCCUGGAGUCUUGUAGUUGUGAGGAGUUUUUCCACACGGUCUCCAAGCUUCUUAAAAACCCUCGCCUGGGCCUCCCAUCACUAGAGAAACUCUCUAUUCUUCUGCAGAAGCUUUCCAGCAUCAGGUAGAUAUAACAACCUCUGAAAAACAAUGCACAGGGAUCAGCAUUCAUAGAGGGGAACAGGGUAGCCCACCACAAGUUGAUGGAAAGGGAAUAACUGAUGUUUGCAACCAUGCACCAUUAUAAUUUCUGUUUCAGAUCAGAUUAGAUUAGAUAGACCUCUAUUGAUCCUCAGGGAAAUGAAAAAAUAACUUAUUUAAAUAAUUUGCUCUAAAAGGAAAAAAAAAUGUUUAUAAGCUUAAAUAAAUCAUCGUAAACUAGUAGUUAACGCCUAGUAAGGCUUAACUUUUCUGAUCAUUGCCGACUUUGACUGAUGGUUAUGGUGUCGUAUUUCUUCUGUCUGAUUCAGGAAGAACCGUCGUCUGUUUGAACUGUCCACCCUCCACCCACAGAUACAGGAGCUUUACCACAAAAGCAACCACACACACACCUUCCUCUGCCUGAACCUCAGGUCCAUCCUCAACAACCUUCAGUAAAACACACUCACAUGUACUUGGGAGCUUAUUAAAAAAAUCUAAUUACCCAAGGUAUGAACACAGUAAUAAUAACUUUCCUUAUAUAACAGUUCUUCCU